UAAGAGCCCACUUACUAUCGCCUUCGAAUGGAUGCAAUAACCAACGGGCCAGAUUUUUUACCCGCUGCAAGACCAAAACAAUGUAUGUCGUCUGCUUUUGGGGCUACGUCACUGGGAGUCAUAUGAUCCGUUCCUUACACAGCUUCGCACACAGUUUUGGAUCUUGUAAGCGCUUAUAAAGAGUUUGGAUUUACCAUCGAGUGUGCUGAAUUUCUAGGAUAUGCAUCUAUUGUGUAUAGUAAAAUCAAAAGCUAUGGAGAAAUUAAGAUCAAUUAUUUCCACUACUUUUGUUAAAUUAAUACAAUGAAGAAACAAAUUAAUUGUAGAAUUUUAGAUCUAUAAUUUUAAAAUAUAUUUUUUUUAUAGGGUAAUGUUUUAAUUGAUUUAAAAGAAUGGUGUUUCUUAAAGUGACAAAAUUGAUUUACUUUCAUAGGCUUGGAUAAUUAACUCUUUCUCUCCUAACUGACGAUACCAGCGUUGAUUCCACCAGAAUGUGGUAAACAAUUACGGAGAGAAAGAGUUAAUGUUACUGGAAAUGGCCAGGUUGAUGUCGCGAUGUGUUAUUUCAAUAUUAUGCCUGUUUGAAUUUUCAAAAAUAUCCUCCGCUUUUGACACGGUGGAAAUAGAUGCAGAAAAUAUCGAACAAGGGCGCCAACUCAUACUCGAUUUCUAUAGUAACUACACCUCCUCCUCAACGCCCCUGACAAACCCUGUGGAUCUGGUCUUCGUCCUGGACAGGUCAGCUAGUGUGACCAGGGCUGGCUGGGGCUCCAUGGUUCGCUUCGUCCACAACCUCCUGGAGCAUUUCACGGUGGACGCACAUAAUACACGGGUGGCGGUCAUCACCUACGGCACCACCGCUUCCGUUGACAUUGACGGGAUCAGGGCGGGCGACUACAACAAGUGCGCCCUGGUGGCGAGGUUACAGAAACAUCUUUCCAAGAAAGUUCCGUCCGGUUACUCGGCUACCCAUGAUGCCAUUAUGAAAGCCAAGGAAGUGGUUGUAGACUCCAGAAAGGAAGCUAAAAAGGCGGUCAUUGUCAUCACAGAUGGCAGGUCCAACAUUGGCCCCCCGCCAGUCCGCGCUUCUGUUCAGCUGCGUUCCCUUGUGUGGGACACUGAGUGGGACACAUUGAACAAUGGGCCUCAGUUACAGAUUUAUGCUUUCGGUAUCAAGGAUGCCUACAUGCCUGAAGUGCGCACCAUCGCUUCACCUCUGCCAAACCAUACGUUCUACAUACCCAGUUUUCAGACCUUCUCAGAGCUGGCAAGAUCCUUACACGAUGAUAGCCAAUCAGAAAACUGGCAAGUUCUUGGCGACAAAGGUUACUGCCAACAAGAGGUCGGCUGCUCGGAGCAUGCUUACUGCGCCUGUGGAACGAGGUCUGGCCUGUAUCUGUGUGUGUGUAAAGAUGGUUACCAUGGAGACGGAACUUCUUGCGCAGCGUGUCCUCGUGGGACGUACAAGAACAGAAUCUCCCCUGUGCGAUGUUUCCCUUGCCCUGCCAACUCGACCACAUUGUACGAGGGAGCAACGGAUCCUUUGCAGUGUGUCUGUGAGGCACCACUCUACCAGGAAUCUUCAGGAAGUCCUUGUCAUGUUCGAUUCUGUAUCCCCCUCCCUCCCAUCACUCAUGGCCAAACGUUUCAUGUACCUGGGCGUGUGGUAGAUGAGGUCAGCCCCACUGGUGUGGCCUGCACCAACACCCCAGACACCUCUUGCCACUACCGGUGUGACGAUGGCUACCGGCUGAAUGGGCAUCCUGGGCUGAUCUGUAACCCCAAUGGAACCUGGGAAGGAAGUGUGCCAGAGUGCGAAAUCGUCAACUGUAGCACCCUCGAGUUCCACCAUCAGGACGUCCAGAACGGAGAUGUCCAGUACCUGAACAAGACCACCACCUACGGGUCAAUUCUGCAGGUCCAUUGCCACGAGGGAUACCGGGCUUUUGGUGACUGGGAACGCACGUGCACGCUGCAUGGAACAUGGUCUGGCACUCGCACCUGGUGUGUGGAAAACAAGUGUCCAGCCCUGCAAGUGACCCCAGGUCUGAUCAUCACGCCAGUCAUCUGUGGUCAGUCUGCCCUGACUCCGGGCUCCGUUUGCCAGUUUAUAUGUGAAAAGGGUUACAGUCUGAUUGGUCCAAGCAAUGUCACAUGCAACGACAAGGGUGCCUGGAAUGGAGCGUCUCAAACAGAGUGCAUAGAUAUUGAAGCACCAGAAAUCGUUUGCCCUGAGGACAUCACAACGCCAAUUACCGAAGCUAACUACGCCCUGGUACACCUUAAGGUGAGCAGCUUAAGGGUAACAGACAACUCAAAUGAGUUCACAGUAGAAGUUGUUGGUGGUGUCAACGAAUCUGUCCGGCUGACAGCUGGUGUCCAUCAGUUCAAGUACAUAGCCAGGGACAAGGCAGGGAAAGAAGGGCAUUGUUUUCAAACAAUUACUGUAGUGGACUCUGUGUUUCGUUUGGUCAAGUGUCCAGAACAGAACAUCAGCAUCCACAUGAACCAACACCUAGCCGAGGCCAUCUGGCCAGAGGUGGUCUUCGUGGACCACAACAACCUGACAGUGGAACACGCCUGCGCCCCUGCCAACAACUCCUUGCUGCCCCCUGGCAAGUACACGGUGCAGUGUACGCCCGCAGCUCACACUAUUAGCAAGGUCAUGUGUGAGUUCCAGGUUCUGCUUUAUCAGCCUCAGUGUGUUGUUCCCAAGGCACCACUUCAUGGCAGCUUGACGUGCUCCCCCACACAGACCUCACUGCUCACCUGCCAGGUCAAGUGUAAUGACAACUACGACUUUCACUCCCUGCCCCAGUCUCACUACAUCUGUGACCUGCAGGGUGUCUGGAACUUGAAGAUACCAAACUUGUUUUGGCCAGAUUGCACCCGAAAAUUCCUUCCCGGCAGGGCGUUACUAAGAGGUCAGGCCAGAUUUUUCUAUUACAGAGGCAGAUGUGAAGAUACCAGAACUCAAAUAGCCCAGACCUUUACAGAUUUUCUCCAAACACACUCUUGGAAUGUGUGCGGUCAGGAACUGUGCAGCAUUGAGGAGGUCAAAGUUCACUGUGGAAGUGAAUCCAAAAGAAAAAAGCGUGAGGAAGACAUUUUUCUCGGCACUCUAAAAUUGGCCAACGCCAAUCUUUCGCACCGAAGACAAAUCAGAGAGAGCAAGAUGAUGUCGUCUGCUAGUAAAACUGGAGGGAUAGAUGAAGCGGGCAUUAUUUCAAAGAAGCUAAGCAAUGAUGCUCAAGUUAACAGCACAGAUAUCUAUCGAGAAUUAUUUCGGAUACCUGAUGAAGAAACGAAAAAAACCCAGAAAGAUAACCCAGACGACGUUGAAAAAAGCGCGGGGAAAAGUUUCGGAAAGCCUGGGUUUGGUGGUGGGGAAAUUUUACAAGAACAAGACGAGACAUCAACCCAGGUUUUUACCUUAAAUAAAAGACAGGAAAACAGUGAAGACCAAUUCGGGUUCUUAGACAGAAGUGGUGCUGGACCUUACGGUGAUGAUGUGCUGGAGGAAGCAGACAGUAUGUACGACGUGGAUCGACUGACCAAUAUGACGCAGUCUGGACUACUGGACGGUUACAAUAGCACUAUCUCGGACUUGAACCCGGAUGACGUCACUUGGUUACAAGGAAGUGAUGGUAAAGAAAAAGUGACCAUUACCUUUCAAAUCAUCUCCAAAGUCCCCCCUGGUCAUCCAGUGACCACCAAUGCCCAGAGUGACAUGGUACAGCAUCUCUACGAUGUCUCGGACACCUUGACUUCGGCCUGGCAGGCUCUCAACCUUACUGUGCCCACCAAUGCCACCGGGCACAUUGGGAAUCACACGUUUGAGAACAGCACCUUCGGGAUUCUGUCGGACAUUCAUCAGAUGUCAAUGGACGAACCACUGAUACAAUCUUGCCCUGAAGGUUUCGUUAGUCAUUCAGAAAUACACGGCAGUACUCUCACGUGCAUGGCAUGUCCAAGAGGGACUUAUCACGAUAGAGUCCUUGACAUUUGCGACGUCUGCCCGGACCACGAAUACCAACCGGAAGAAGCUCAGCUGACAUGUCUUUCGUGUCCGGACGACACAUACACACCUCAUCGUGGAGCUGAUAAUAUUUCUUUGUGUUUAGCUAGUUGCAAACCAGGAGAAUACUCCAUUAAUGGCCUUGUUCCGUGCAUACCCUGCCCACGCCACACCUUCAUAUCAAUGUCCCAGUCCAAAACGUGCCUGCCGUGUCUCCACAACAGAAAGACGCUGCAAAUUGGAUCUACCAGUCCAUCUCAAUGCAUCGAUCUUUGUGGUCCUGGAAACUUUAGUGACACUGGUCUAGUUCCCUGCCAGCCAUGUCCAAAGGGAAGCUACUCUCCAGAACUUGGGGCCAUCACUUGUUUCCUGUGCGAUGAAGGGCAGAGCACUCUAGAGCUUGGUUCUGUAGACAAGUCAUCCUGCAUUGAAUGGGAUCCAUGUCUGGAGACAAGCCUUGUGUGUGAGAACAAUGGCACAUGUAAAAAAAACUCUCUCACUGCUGUGUGUGAAUGCCCAUCUGGGUUUACUGGGGACCGGUGUGAGAUCAACAUUGAGGACUGCUGGGAGUCUCUAUGCCACAAUGAAGCCACCUGUGUUGAUGGGGUCAACAGUUUCACCUGUGUCUGCACCCCUGGUCAUACAGGUCGGUACUGUGAGGUGGGUAUUGACGAGUGUUUGUCCUCUCCUUGUCAAAAUGGAGGCUCAUGCCUGGAUAAGAUCAAUGACUAUCAGUGCUUCUGUCCUACUGGCUAUACCGGAAAGCAGUGCAAUGUCACUAUCCCACCGUGCACCAAGGAGAUCUGUGUGCAUGGCACAUGCCAGAUAAUGGCUGUGGAUGACAUCCGAUGCGUCUGCAAUAGUGGUUAUGCUGGUCCCAGUUGUAAUGUAACCUAUGACCUUUGCUCAAGUCACCCAUGUGUGCAUGCUUAUGAUUGCCUGGACAGUCCCGGCAAUUACACCUGCUCCUGCCGACCGGGAUAUACAGGAAGACUUUGCGAUGUGGCCAUUAACCACUGCAGCCCCUCCCCUUGCCUCCCACACUCUGCCUGCAUCUCUUUGACUUCCAGCUAUUACUGCAAAUGCCCAGGAGGCUGGUCAGGAAAGCAUUGUGACAAUGAGACGACUGCUGACUUUGAUCUCAUCUUCAACCCAAGCUCCCUUGAGGGUCACUAUGUGGUCAUCCCUUCUAGCUUUAUGCCCACGCUCCAAGCCUUCACCCUGUCCACCUGGCUACGCCCUGGUCUCUUGUCUGCCUUUGCUACCAUCGUCACCUUUGUACUGCCACAGCACGGGUCAGUGGAGAAGAAUGAUGACAGUGAUUAUGAGGUGGUGUUUGCAUUACAGCACACUGACAAAUUAAUUGUCAGGCUCUAUGGAGAGUCCUUCUUCACCAAUGCUUCACUUCCUCCAUCUGUCUGGACACACCUGUGUUUCACUUGGUCCUCAGCCACUGGACGCUGGUCAGUCUCUGUCAAUGGAUCUCUAGUAUCAAGUGAUAGAGUCACUGCCCCUUUCAGACCUAUUCCAGCUCAAGUCAUUACAGUCAUUGGACAACAGAAUCCAUUUUAUGGGGAAACUUCUUUAAUGUGGGACGUUUUCAGUGGGGAGAUGACACAGUUCAACAUCUUUGGGCGAGCCCUCUCCAUCGGUGACAUUAUUUCGUUAGCCAAUCAGAGUGCAUGUAACCAAACAUAUGGCGAUGUUGUCACUUGGACAGAUGUGAUUGGGAACGCUAAGGAAGGGACCAUUAUCAGGCUGACAUCUCACUGCAUGGACGUCAACGAAUGCCUGUUCCCAGAUGUCUUCCCAUGUUCGAGGAACAGGGUCUGCUACGAUGGUGUGGGGGGUUACAAUUGCUCGGACUGCAUAGAAGGCUACAAGGGACCUGACUGCUCUGAGCCUGAUGACGAGUGCUUAUUGGAUGACAAAUGCUUUGCUGGGACUUGCGUAGAUGGACCUGAACUUUAUGACUAUAGAUGCAUAUGUAACCCUGGUUACACAGGUGUAACUUGCAGUGUUAGAAUUGAUGAGUGCUUAUCAAAUCCAUGUCGGAACGGCGGGAUAUGCAACCUUACAGAGACUUCCUUCACCUGCAUGUGCCCUGGACCAAACAUGGGCUCUUUGUGCGAAAGACCUUUUUCACCUUGUCUUCAUAAUCCCUGUCAUAACAAUGGGGUCUGCAGUGACGCCGGUUCUGAUGGAUACACAUGCGUCUGCCGUGAACAUUUCGCGGGGAGAAACUGCGAACGCCAACUCAGCUGGUGUGAGGAGAACGCUUGUCUAAAUGGCGGCACCUGCGUUAAUGCUUCCAGCCCUGAAGCCGAUCAGACUGGGUCGACGUCUUCCUGCUUGUGUUUAGCAGGCUGGACUGGAAAACAGUGCGGGGUGAAGGUCAUUCCUUCCUGUGAACUUUCACCCUGUGUUGAUGGUGGGACUUGCAUCUCUGUGCUGAAUUCCAUCUACGGGUACAUCUGCCGGUGCCCUCAUCGCUUGGGAGUGACAUUGGACAGAAAUUGUGCAGUAGUCAAUCCUUGUGAAUCGUCGCCUUGCCCAGCUACUCACGUAUGUGUUGCCCAAGAUGAGACCUAUACAUGCAGUUGUAUAAAGCAGGAAUGCCUGCCUUGGUAUGGUCCCAAUAACACAACAGCAGACUCUGCAGUAGAUAAAAUGGAUCCUGGCAAACAAUACUGGUGGUCAUCAGACUGGACAUUUGCUACAAUAGCCAGCUCCUGUGUUUUUCUUGUGGCCAUAUUAGUUUUAACAGUUUAUCUGUGUCGUAGGAAGAAGUCUUCCAGCGGGGACCUGCAGGCAUUAAACAGCUCACCAGAUGUAGCCCUGGAGCAAAUGACUAACCCUGGAUUCCAACACGAUGAAGCAGAGAGUACAUAUGCAGAGCUCAGUGAUGACUACAAUGUUCCAGACAGAGACGAUGACUACGAUGACCAAGUUUACCAGCCCAGUACCCUCACCUCAGUCAGCAGCAUCAGAAAAGCCCCGGCCAGUAGAACGUCUUCUAGCUCUUCCUCAGGCUCACUCGGCUCCCUCCGAUCGUCAUUGUCCAAAAAGUUUCAGAAAACCAACGAAACCAACACGCCGCUGCUGUCUGACGACUAUCUUGAGCCCAUUGUUGUGAGAAAGGACACUGCGAGCCCCCAUUAUGUUUCCCACACAUUGAAGCUUGAUCAUAAUUUUGCACCUGAACAAGCGCCAAACUCCGGAGUGCUCAAUGUCGGAUUCAAUCCGGAAGACUACAUUAUACCAGACAGAGACAGGCACAAGUCUCCGAAAUUAGCAGAAGAAAAUGUUAUCAACAAAAGUGAUUCUGAGGAUCACAACAAAGAAGACUACAUUGCGAUGGGAAACUAUAAAGUUCCUUCCGAGUUGCAUGCUUCUGGCAACUCCAGCUCUUCCACUAACAAAACGGAUAAACCCAAAAAUAUUUAUGUUAAUCUUAAAUCUGUUCCAGCUUCAAAUUUACCUAAACGAGCCAGGCCGAUAAUUGAUUAUGGGCAAAACUCAUCCACCAUUAGCUCAAGUGCAGCGUUACAAGUGCCAGUGAACAUUCAUUUAAUGUCUCAUCCAGGGGGACCACCCUUGCAGACUUAUGUCCCAUUCUCGGAUGUGGCAGGGCUAAACGGGAGGCAUCUGGAUAAAACCGAAUCAUUAAAAGUUGUUCAGAAAAAUAGUGAGUCCCUGGCACCAUGUGCAGAAAAUCUAAUAUCUAAAGACAAUGUCGGGCUUUCUCCUGUUGUAAAUCCUCUGCACUCUACAAUGAUGGCCUCUGACCCCAGUGAGACCCAGCUGUACACUGACUCUGCCGAGGCCAUAAAAUUGUCUGAUCCUGACCCAUCUCCUGCUCCAAGUGAGUUUGUUUUGGAAGAUUUCUCUAGCAGACUUCCCAGAAGUGCCAAGGAAAAGAAGACAAAGCGUGAUGCCAAGAAGACAGUGUUGCAAGACUUUUCAACCAAGAAGAGCAGACCAAAGAAAGAUAACCCCUUGUUUUUAUCAUCUGAUAAAUCUCAACUAUCAGGCUUCACACAUCCUACUAAAUCUUCCUUGAAACAAGAAGAGAUGAAAUCAUCUUCUGCUAGCAAUGCCACUUCUGGAGAUGGCAAUCAAAGCCUACAAAAUAUACAGAAAAGACAAUUACCUCCCUUGCCACAAUGAAUGUUCUGUAUAAUUACUCUUGUGUAUUUAACAAAUUUUUGUGGGGGAUUUCUUCUUAUUGACUACAUUAAAGCUUAUCUUAUAGAUUACAGAGGUUACUUCAAAAAAGAAGAUAAUUACUUCAAAAAGAAGAUAAUUACAUCCUACGCAUUUCAUGUGUCAGUCUAUCAUGCAUGUUAAUCAAUGACUUAAACUCAGCUAAGUUGUUGGUUUUCCUGGCUGAUUCAGGCUGAUUUAAACUGAUUAUAAUGUAACUGCAGAAAAGAUGUCAGUUCUUUCAAGUCUUAAUUAAGAUUUCUGAGUUUAAAAUUUUAAUGAAUAAAUAACAUAAUGGGACCUAUCGGCAUCUAUACAUUUUGAAUUUGUAACAAAGUACUAAUAAUUAUUGUUUUUUUCUACCACAUCCUAAAUUGACCUAAAUGAUAUUUUUUCAUGUUAAGUGCGCUCUGAUCCAAUCUCUCUACUUGACUUGUGAGGGAGGGGUUUAUGGGAGAAGGCUAUAAAGACUUUCUUGGAUCUUGGAAUUCUGAAGAGAAAAAAAAUGUUACUUUUGCAUACUUAGUACAAAAUCAUGAUUAUUUUUUUAUUUAAAAAUUGUUUUUUUUAAAGUUAUGUACUGUAAAUGGUGCUUCUGCAUGUUAAAUGACAAUGUUUGUUUUGUUUCACUUGAGUUGCUGUACUACUUUUUAUCUUGUAUGUCCACGACCAUUAGCACAGCACAACAAAUAUUAAUAGUAAUCAAUGAACUCUUCCAGUAGCAGACAUUGACUUUAUUGACCAUAAAACAGAGUACACCUUAAACUGGCAAAUUCCACCAUAAAGAAAUACAUAUUAUGUUACACAAAUCCAAUGAAAUAUUCUAAGUACAUAACGGAUACUAAAUUAUUGAAUCAACUACGUAAGACAUCCAGCCAGUUUAAGAACAUGGCGGCUACUACCCUCUGACCAUGUGGUCCGCUCUUAAAAAUUAGAUUUCUUUACCCACAAUGCAACUGUGGCCCCUUGAUUCCCCUGUGCAACAUCGUACUCUCCAUAAACAAGUGUGCUCCACAACCAAUAUAUGUCACUAACUAACAAACAAUGAUGUGACAUGUACCAUUACAUAAUUCUUUAGAACCAGUUUAAAAAUAACUUCUGAAUAAAUAAAUUGUGUAAAUACUAAGCAACUUU